UGGGUCACGUGACGACUGGGUCGGCGGGUCAGCCGGGUCGGCGGGUCAGCUGAACAAACUGCCUCCGGGUUCAGCAACAGGCACUGCCACUAUGCCUAUUGGACAUUCCAAUCUUUCUACAUGGAUCGUAUAUCCGCGGCUGACAUUUGUAGGCUCAAACAACGUAUCUACUUUAUUAUUAUGAUCUGCUAUAAUAAACGUUUACGUUUACAAUUUUUGACGUCGCUUACGAUAAUCAUCAUUCAUCAAGUUGAUGAUUAACGCGUUUUUUUCCACACUUCUGGUGUAUGUGACGCAAGUAAACAGUCAUUUUUUAUUUGAAAAUUCAUUUAAUUUGCCUAGCAUGUCAUUAAGAGUGUGUUUACAAUGUUUGCAAUUCAUAAACAAAUCCUCUGAGCUGCAACCCGUGUAUGAUCGUACAAUCAGUUAGCAAGGUACCAUCUGGCAUCAUUUGGUGAAAUAUUUGUCGAACCAGAUCCAGCGGCACACCAGACCCCCACCAUUCGGCGGCCCUCCCCCGGUCGCCACCUGCGGCCGUGCCGUAUCCAGUAGCGCCCAAAUUACCAUGUGGUGACGUCACUGGUUAUCUGGCUGACGUCACUGGCUCAAACGACACCGCCUGAGACAGCUCGGCACACAGCGCUGCGCAGACCACUGAGGGUGCGCCUGUUUACUGGGGCGCUGCGCAGCGAUGACGGAUGGGGGGGGGGGGGUCAGGGGAAGUUGCGCGGUGGAAAUUCAUCAGUGGCCCUGACGGAUGAGGCUGCCCGGGACCCUGUUGCCCCAUGACGUUUCAGAUGACGUCUGGGCGAGUGUUUGGCCCCAGGCGUCCCAUAUCAGUCGUACCGGAGUAGCUGCAGGCACCAGGGAGCUGCCGCCGCACGCCGACACCCAACCAUCUCAGCCACUGACCAGGCGACUAUAACGAGAGAAGUGGGAGCUUCGAGACCAUGACACGUCUUAUAGGCGGUGCGCUGCUCGGCUGUCUGCUGCUCACCUGGCCGGCAGCAGCGCGCGCGGAGACCACCGUCACCCAGCAGUCCUCCUCAGCCUGGGGCAGCGUGGAGAACGGCCGGCCCGCGGACCGCGGCACGCACACCUCACACACCACAGACGUGCUGCCCGACGGGGACGACGGCGGCCUGGGCGUGCGCUUCGGCUUCGGCACGCCGCGGCAGCCGGCCCGGCCGACGGCGCAGAGACCGGCGCAGGGGCCGGCGCAGGGGCCGGAGCCGGGUCUGGGGGCUGGCGGCCAGGCCCCUGCCCAGUCCGACCCCUUCCAACCCGGAACGGCCGAUCCCUCACAACAGCCAGCACUCGGCGGCCACGGCGGCACACAGCAGCCCCCGGUUUCGGGCGUGAACGCAGUUGAGGAGGCCUAUCGCAGCCUCCUCGCUCAGUAUCCCAACUUCCACAUCAACAUAGGCGGAGGGUACCCGUGGGCACCCUUUGGACAGCAGCCCGGCGCGCAGGGAGGCUUCUACACACCAUGGAACACCGCUCAGGGCACGCAGACGGACCUGGGUGUCCGAGGCGGCUUUGGCAGUGGCGCGCAGGACCCGGCUCAACAGGUGCCGGGGGUCGGUGGUGCUGCUGGAUUCCCGACAGGAACCGCCGGGUCGGGGACGCCUUCACAGGGCGCCCAGUCUGUCCCGGGAGCCACCGGCCCCGCUGUUCCGGGCGCAGGUACACCAGGUCUGACAAACCCUGUCCCUGUAUCUCCCGGUGUGUCGAAUCCUGCCUUUGGCUCCUUCGGUCACACCAAUCCUGGUUUAACUGGAGCCGGCGGCGCGGGCGGCUCGUUCCAGGCCGUCAAUCGGCCCAGCUAUCCCUUCAUCCAGAUGCCUGACAUCAACUCGUUUGUGAAUCAGCUGACGCAGCGCGCUCUGCAGAACAUCGCCCGCGGUAUGUCGCCCAGCCUGACGCCCGGGGUGGGACAGGGUCAGGCCGGCGUGAACCCGACUCCCGGCGCGUCUGGGGUCCAGGUGCGCCAUGAUUUCAGCAGCGUGAGCUCCCGGCCCGGCCAGCCCGGCUUUCAGUCCCAGCAGGCCUCCGUCAACUCAGCCUCCUUCCAGCCCUCCCAGUUCUCCCCCCAGGCUCGCCCCUCUCCGGUGCCCAGCUUCCCCCCAUUCGGCGGUCAGAGACUGCCGCAACAGGGCGCCACUGACAACGCCUGGCCCUGAGCUCAGCUGAGGUCGGAAUAGACGGCACUGCUAGCGGUAGUCGAGCGGUGAUUGAGCGACCUGCCUGCCAUCUGGUGGCCGCCACAGGAAGCUGAGCAGAGAUGGCAGCAGCGGCAGGGGUGGCCGAGAGACCGACGAAAUAAUCCCUGAAGAGGGCGCUGCUGAUAACAGACCAGGGUUUCUAUACUACCUGCCAGACGUCGUUAGGCUGGGGUCGGCUAAAACGGGAACGUUUGUUGUGUUGUCGUGUGUUGAGACUGUUGUUUAUUUGUUCCGAAAAAAAAUAUAAUGAAAUAAAUGAAAAAUAAAGCAAA